AGGUGCGGCUGCCUGACGUCAUUUCCAGUGCGACGAGAAUAGUUUAGCAAUCUGAAAGCGUCUCAUUCGAAGCGGAUUAAUUGCAUGUUUCUUGUGUAGACAGACAUUAUAUUUACUUAAAAUUGGACUAAACAUGGCUGAAGCCAUCCAGAAGAAGUUGCAAUCAGAGCUGGAAAAAUACCAGGCGAUACAAAAAGAUUUGAGCAAAAGCAUGUCAGCCAGACAAAAGCUUGAAGCUCAACUUACUGAAAAUAACAUUGUGAAAGAGGAAUUGGAUUUAUUAGAUGCUCAGAAUAUUGUUUACAAACUCAUCGGGCCAGUUUUGGUGAAGCAGGAUCCUGACGAAGCCAAAGCAACAGUGGCCAAAAGAUUGGAGUAUAUCAACGGAGAAAUCCAGCGGCACGAGAACCUGCUGAAGGAUCUGGAGAAGAAGUCGGAGCAGCACCGCGAGGUCCUCACCAGCCUCCAGCAGGAGUACCAGCGGGCACAGGGCCUCGCCGUGGGCAAGGCCUGAUCCGGCACAGACACCCACAGUCACCGUCACCGCCGUGACCUCUGACCUUUGAACCCGGCGACCCUGACGACCUUGUGCAAUGGCGGAAAAACACCCGAAGGAACGAAGCAGAGACUUGAGUUUGUCCGAUGACCUUGCUUGCUCUCCAGUGGGGCCACGUCUCAGAGACUCACUGGACCGACUCACUAGACAUGCUGACAGAUGUGCACACAAGACAUUCACCACCAACAACCCACCACUCACAAGUCACUGCAAACUGAAUAGAUUGUCUGAGAAGGAUCAUUUGUUCAUUUCCGUGGUCUUAAAUAAAUAAAUGAUUUGUUUUUGUUAUAUUUA